AUGUCUCGACUUUCACCUAGCCUCAAGGCAUUAAUCAAUGCCCCUGCCGCCCGGCCAUCCACCGUCCCCGCGCCAGCAAACAUAACCUCGGUCUACCAAAAGAUCCAACAGACGGCGCAAUCCAAACAGAUCUCGCAGCCAUCAUGGGUCGCACUAUCAACCGCAGCAACAAUGACCAUGAACUCCCCGGAAUCCCUCGCCGCCCUCUACGAACUAGCCAGCACCAACAACGACAAGCAAGUCGAGACCGCCGAGCUCAUGCGCGAGGUCGGACUUAAAUGCAUCAGCUUCAACGGCAUCCCACGCACCAUAAACUGCCUCAACGCCUUCAAAGCCAGCCUCCCAGACUCAGUCGGCGACCAGCUCUCCCGCACCCCCACCCGCGCACCAACCCCGGAGAACAUAGCCGCAAUUAGUGAGCGCGGCCACACGCUCUGGAAUUCCAUCUAUCGACCAUUCGAGAAGAAGCUAUACAAUAAACUGGCCGACUCACACCCCGACCUACCGGUGCACAUCCUGCACAGCAACUACGGCGCCCUGUUGUCUGAUCCGGAGCGUAGCACUGGCGCGUCUGCCGGGCGCAUUCUGACGUCUAUUGUUGCUGUCGCGUGCUUGCGCGCUCAGUCUGGCGUUGGGCCCCAGGUUAUCUCGCAUGUGUUUGGGUUGCGGAAGGCGAUUGAGGAUGGUUCGUGGGUGAAUGAUGCGGAGGGGGAAGAGGCUGCGCGGUGGUUGGCUAGUGAUGAGGGGAAUACGUGGAUUUUGGAUAGUGUUGAUGCCAUUGUUGAGGCUAUUAGCCAGGGCACUGGAUCGAAUUUUGCUCCUGCGCGCGCGAAGCUGUAA